CACAUACCGUUCCUGACCAGGCAGGUUAAAUACUGGUGUGUCCAUUCAAACUACAAUCAGUCCCACUGUUCACCUGCUCCUGAAACCAUGGUCCACUUCAGACUCGGCAGCACACUGUUGCUGGCAGCAGCCUGUUUGCUCGUUACUAAAGAUGUUUCCACAGAAAGAGUGAUCACCUGUGAUGACGCCUACAGUGUCCAACGUCUAAGUUGUGAAACAGGAGUGAUCAUUGUGCAGGCAGCUCUGUAUGGACGUGCAGACAGAGAAAUCUGCAGUGAGGGAAAACGUCCACAACAGCUUACCAAUACAAAAUGCUCUCAGGCGGGGACUGUGGAUGUCCUCAAGAAAAGGUGUGACGGCAAGAGAGUGUGUGAACUGAACACAAAUGUCGUCCGAACGUCUGAUCCCUGCUCCGGCAUCAUUAAAUAUUUGGAGAUCAACUACACCUGCUUCCCAGCAAAUCACCUUGUUGUAUGUGAGCACUCUUUGGGACACCUAUGCUGUGACAUAGGGCAGGUUAUUCAUGUGUACGGUGCUGAUUUCGGACGCCGUGACCAGACCACGUGCUCUUACCAGCGUCCCACCUCUCAGGUCCAAAAUGUCUACUGCUCAAGUCCCACUAGCAAAGUAGCUGAAAGCUGUAAUGGGAGAAACAGCUGUACUAUCAGCGCCAGCAACUCAGUGUUUGGAGACCCCUGUGUCGGCACUUACAAGUACCUGGAGGUGGCUUAUACAUGUCUAUGCUUUUCCAGAGCCCAGAUGUCAGGUGGCUACGAUGAAUCCACUACAAAGAGGGUGAUUACCUGUGAGGGCCCCUACAACAUCCAUCGCCUGAGCUGUGAGACUGGAGUGAUCAUUGUCCAAACAGCUCUGUAUGGACGUGCAGACAGAGAGAUGUGCAGUGAGGGCAGACCUGCACACAGUCUGACCAACACAGAGUGCUUUCAGCACGGCACUCUGGAAGUCCUCAAGAAAAGAUGUGAUGGAAAGAAAUUCAACUCUUCAUCUGAAACCCCAUCGUCUAGCACCAUGCUCUGCCCCAGACUCAGCAACACACUGUUGCUGGCAGCAACAUGUCUACUUAUUAAUUCAGGCUUUUCCAGAGCCCAGCACUUUUUAGCACCCAUUGAGACUGCCCUGUCCACAGAGAGGGUGAUCACCUGUGAUGACCUCGGCAAUGUCCAUCGCCUGAGCUGUGAGAUUGGCGUGAUCAGUGUGCAGGCAGCUCUGUAUGGACGUGCAGACAAAGAGACCUGCAGUGAGGGCAGACCUGCAGAGCAGCUCACCAAUACACACUGCUCUCAGCACGGCACUCUGGACGUCUUCAAAAAACGAUGUGACGGCAAGAGAGUGUGUGAACUGAACACAGAUGUAGUUCGUACCUCUGAUCCUUGCUAUGGAAUCUACAAAUACCUGGACACCACCUUCGCCUGCUUCCCAGCAAUUCGCAGUGUCGCAUGUGAACAGUCUUUUGUAAACCUGCAGUGUGAUGAAGGACAGGUUAUAUUUGUGCAUGGUGCUGACUAUGGGCGCCAUGACCCGACCACGUGCUCGUACGGACGCCCUGCCUCUCAGAUCCAAAACGUCCAAUGCUCAAGUCCCACGCACAAAGUUGCUCAAAGCUGUGAUGGGAAGAGCAGCUGUGCUGUCAAAGCGAGCAACUCAGUGUUUGGAGACCCCUGUGUUGGCACUUACAAGUACCUGGAGGUGGCUUACUCAUGUCGAUGUAUGUAG